CUAGCAAAUUUAGCCACGCCCCCAUCUUACAGUUCAGUUCAGACACCUAAAAAACUCGUGGGAACUGAAUGCCCUGUGAAUAUCGAUCGAUUACAUUCACGUUAAAGCCUCAAUUUUGACGAAACGAGUUCAUUUUGGAUUGCUUUUCUAGAAAUUCCAUAUUUUGAUCUUGGACAAUCAACGGAGUUGUGUUAAUCAUGAUAGGAAUUGGCGUCCUCGCUCUUCUGGGUUAUACCAUUCUCUUCGUCCUCUUGCUCGCCCUAACUUCGGGCGUCGCCUACUCUGCUUACGUGUAUAUGCAGCACAGGAAGUACGCGCAUAUACCCUCCGUCAAGCGAGCGAAUUUCUUUAUGGGUCACUACCCUACUAUCAAGGACUAUAUGAAGAAGCAUGAGUGUCCUUUGGCUGAGGUACUAUAUGAAUGGUACAAAGAAUUAGGCUUGGUAUAUUGCGUCCAUGUCCUCCACAAUACAUUUGUUGUAUGUUUAGAUUCCAAGGUGGUGAAGAUGGUGAUGACAAACAGCAAGCACACUAAACCUCAUGUUGAGUAUGAUGCGUUUCAAGCGGUUUUUGGUAGUCGGUUGGGCGGACGAUCACUGGUCAGCGAGACUGACCAUUCACGAUGGUCGCAGAGAAGGGCUCUGUUUAAUCCUGCUUUCAAUCGUCAAUACCUGAAGGGUUUGAUGGAUAUCUUCAAUGACAGUGCCGAUCGACUAGUCCAGGACCUGAUGAAGAGGGCUGAUGGCCAGACCGUAGUCACCAUGAGGGAUAAAUUCAACAGUAUUACACUUGAUGUCAUUGGGAAGGUUGGCUUUGGUCUUGAUCUGAACGCCAUGGAGGACCCAAGCUGUCCUUUUCCUGUGGCUGCAACUAAGGUUCUCCAAGGCCUGCAGAAAUCGCUUCUUGUACCUUGGUACUCGUACAUCCCGUCCGCCCAUGCAAGGAAUUUCCGUAAGGAGGUGAAGGAGGCAUGCCAUCUUAUCCGUGAGAUUGGGCGUGACUGCAUCCUGAGUCGAAUAGAGGCCAAAGCUCGCGGGGAUGCGACCCCCCAGGACAUCCUCACGUACCUCCUGGAUGCAUCCAAGGAGCUCCAAGGAGAUCAGAACUUUGGUCUGGAGGAGAUGAUAGACGAGUUUGUCACUUUUUUUGUUGCUGGGCAAGAAACAACGGGGAACCAUCUGUCUUUCACAUUGCAACAGAUAUGCAGAUAUCCAGAAGUAUUGAAAAAGUUAUUGAUAGAGAUAGAGGAAGUGCUGGGUGACAAACCGUUUGUAGACUACAGUGAUCUACCAAAGCUCGAGUAUUUGAUGCUGGUCAUGAAAGAAUCGAUGCGACAAUUUCCUCCUGUCAGCGGUUCCACUAGAUCAUUAGCGCAUGAAAUAGAAUGCUGUGGCUACACCAUACCAAAGGGAACUAGACUGAGGGUGAAUCAUUUUAUUAUGGGCAAGAUGGAGAAAUACUUUGAUGAUCCUGAAGAAUUCAGACCAGAAAGAUUUCAAGUCUCUGAUGAAACGCCUCGUCACCUGUAUGCCUACUUCCCUUUCUCACUGGGACAGAGGACAUGUAUAGGACAGUCAAUGGCAAUGAUGGAGACACGUGUGAUUCUUGCCAAGCUGCUCCGCCGAUUCACCUUUGACCUUGUACCAGGUCAAAAGUUUGGCAUAAAGCAAGAGCUAACAAACAAGCCUGUUGAUGGUUGCAAGACGUACAUCACACUCAGAGAAUGAACAAGUACCUGCAAUAUAAUGUAUUUAUUGCUCUAAAACCUUACAUUUGGCUAAAUCAUAGUUUGAAUAUUAUGCACAGGAUGUAAUAUAACAUUCAUUGGACCGCUGUAGGUAGUUAUAUUUUCCUGAAUCAUGCAGCGCUGAGGAAAAUAUUGGGACGAGGGAAAAUAUAAUUCCCUUCAGGUCCGAAGAAUGUUAUAUACCCCCUGCCAGUCAAUAUCUGUUAUAUAAGAUAUCCUUGGUUUAAAAAUGUAGGUGGGGGGUCCAAGUUUUUUGUUGCCCGAAAUUUAUUCCAUUCUUUUCUUUGAGGACAAACAAAAUUUGAGACAAAUUUGUGAGAAACAAAAUAUUUCGAGAUAAUACAAGAAAAAAUAAUAUCUAAAAUUCUUACCAAAAAAAGCAUUUUUGGGGAAGAAAAAAAUGUGGACAAAAUUAUUAAAAGGGAGGAAAAAAAAUUUGAGGAAAAAAAAAUAGACUCGGUAUUGGUGUAAUUUGUGUAAUUGAUGACAUACUGUACAGUCCUUGAGAGGGGGACAUGCAUUGAUUAAAAAUAUUCAUUUCACCAGCUGGUAAAUAUAACACUGGAAAGUGACCGGCCAGGAAAAUAUAACAAUUACGAUCAUCGCAAUUGAUAUCACGUGAUGAGCUCUGGACCAAUCACAUCUCAGUAUCUGUCUAAGCUAUCUAAUAUAUGUCAUUGAAACAUAUUCAUAGCAAUAGCAACAGGUAUGGAUAAUUUUACUCAAAUACUAAGAUCAUAAAAUGGACACAAGAUAAAGAGGGGAUGGUGAGGUUAGAUUAAAUAUAUGAUAUGAACAGUGAAGCAUGAAUUACAACCAAUGUUAAUACUUUGGCAUCUGAAUGAUAAUAUUGUAAAAUGAGAAAUUUGAUCUUGAGUAAGCCAGUAAAUAGUGGUAAUAAUAAUGAUGUGAAUUAUACAAUACCUUUUCCUGGGGGGUGUUUCAUAAAGCUGUUCGUAAAGUUACGCAAAACUUUACAAAU